AUGACGAUGGCAGAAAUCCGACUUGUAGACGUCCUGAUGACGGCCCUGACCCUCCUCGUCACGGCAGCCCAGAGCGCUUGGAUCGUCCCUGGCGCACGGUGGUACGACACGGACGGCAACCUGUUCAACGCGCAUGCGGGUGGACUCUGCGUGGACCGCGAUACCGGCAGGUUCUACUGGUUCGGGGAGUAUAAGACGGAGGGGCAGGAGGAAGGAGGGGGCGUCUCCGUCUACAGCUCCGACGAUCUGGCUACGUGGACGUCUCACGGGUUGGCGCUGGAGCCCAUCGAGGGACACGAGUACAUCUCCCCGGAGAACAUAAUCCAGCGACCGAAAGUCGAGUAUAGCCAAGAGAAUGGAAAGUAUCAUAUGUGGUGGCACGCCGAUGACGCCAACUACUCGCUCCUGCUACAGGGUCACGCAACAUCAGACGACAUUGCCGGCCCGUACAGAUUCGACAAGGCCGUGGCCCCCAUGGGGAACUGGUCGCAGGAUUUCGGCAUGUUUACCGACCGGACCGACGGCAGGACCUACGCGCUCUACUCGAACGGUGACUCGGCCGAGGGGCGGGACGUGUACCUCUCCCGCUUCGACGGAGCGCUCAACGGUCUCGAGGAUGUGGUGCACCGGUGGGACAAGUUUGAUCUCGAGGCGCCUACCAUCAUCCAGACGGAUACGAGCUACUACGCUCUCAUGAGCCACAAGACUGGCUAUAGACCGAAUAACGUCGUUGCCUUUCGGGCUGACAGUCUCGAGGGACCGUGGUCACAGCCGUGGAUGAUCUCGGACCCUUACACGCGCACGUGGAGCAGUCAGUCUGGCUACACGUUCCGCAUCGACGGCAGCCAGGCAACGACGUACCUCUAUAUGGGGGACCAGUGGGACAGCAAUUCGCUCUGGGAGAGCCGUAACAUCUGGCUCCCCCUCUCGAUCGACGACGGCGGGCGCACCCUCUCCCUCCCCUGGCACGACGUGUACGACCUCGACGUCCGGACCGGGGUCUGGCGGCCCGUGACGGAGGGGGUGGCGACGUACCGCCCGGCCCGCACUACGGGGUCCGCGUACUUCCAGGAGGCCAACUUCGCUACCGGAGGGGAGCUGGCGACCGGCAUACGCGGCAACCGGAGCAGCGUCGUCUUCGAGGGCGUGCAGGGUCACGGCGGCGGCGGCGGCGGCCAGUGGGUGUCGUUCUAUCACCAGAACACCGACGACAUGGGCUACGGCGAUCAGCCCGGCGGGUCGCCCGACCGUAUAGGCGGGGCGUGGCAGCUCCGUCGGAUAAGCGGCGUCGUCGUGAACGAUGACGAGGACAACGUCUACUCCCUCUACCAGCGGGAUACGCACAAGGGCGUCAUCGUGUCCUCGCCGCUCAAGCUGCCCCUCCGCAAGGGGGCCAACAAGAUCACCGUCGGCGGACUGAGCAACGGCUUCGACGAUAGGGGUGCCGAUAUCGACAGGAUCGUCGUCUACCCUCCCGAGGAGGAAAGUCUUGCCAGCUGA